AUGCAUGUUCGUCGGUUCCACAGCUUCUUGUCUCAUCCGCUUACUUUCCUCCCCCUCAGCUUUAUACCCAUCAUCCUGGAUACUUAUCUCAUGGUUCUUACGACAAGGAAGUUCAUAUCCGCCCAUCGCGAAGGCUGGGGACGUACACCCAUUCUGUCACUGGUUGUUCGAGACGGAAUAUGGGCCUUCGUAGUUCUUUUCCGUGCGUACGGGCCUUGCGGACAACCUACUUCGGUGCUCUGA